AACAAACACACGUGUGAGACGUUUUAUUUGGAUAAUUGUGAAAAAUAAAAAUUUAUUCCUUGAAAAUUGUAUUGUAAAAUGACCAAUGAAAAUAAUGAACAACCUACCGCAAGUGAAGCGUCAACUACAUCAAAUCAACAGACAAAUAAAACUAUUGAGAAAUUGAAAAAGCCAAAAACUAUAAAGAAGCCAGAAAAUGCAAUUCCCCGUGGCCAGCCCAAAUCGAACCGGCCAUGGAAAACACCUAAAGAAAAAUUUUCUUCUGUGAAAAAAACUCAGCCUCGUUUGACAUUUGAAAAGAAAAUGGAACUUCGCAAUGAAAUGCGUGCCAUCAAAGAAAAAUCGCGUGAAUUGAAGGAGGCACGCAAAGAAGCUGCUGUAGCUAAACAUCAACGUCGCAUUGAAAACGCCGAAAGACGUUUGGCCAAUGAACGACGUGCUGAAGUAGUACAAGUUAUUAAGAAUCCAUCUAAAUUGAAACGCAUGAAGAAGAAGCAAAUGCGUCUUAUACAAAAGCGUGAUUUAAGUGAGGUAAAAUUUGUAUGAGUUCAAAAUAACUGAUUUUUCAUUAGUUGUAAAUAAUGUAGGUUUAUUAUUUUUUUAAUUAAAUAAAAAUGUGAAAAAUUUAAUACAAA